AUGGGCAAGCCACUGCCAGCCAACAGUCAGACCAAGGCUGGGAAUGGGAUCCUGAACUACUGUGGCUUCCAGGUUUUUGCCCCUCAGAUCUUCUGGGAUCCUGCUACUGGUUCUCCUGAAUCUCGCAGCUCCAUGCUGGAGGGCUGGCGCACACGACUUCAAAACCUCUGUGGGGAAGCCACUGUGUACUUUGCUCCCUUGGACUACUUUGACAAGGAGAAGGGUUUCCUGCUGAAGCCUGAGGUCAAAGAGAAAUAUGCCAGCAAAGAGUCUGGCCUCACAGUGGGGAUCCACAUGGGCAAGCCACUGCCAGCCAACAGCCAGACCAAGGCUGCGGUCUGACAAUGUAGUGGGUCCAUGUAAUGUCUUGAUCUUAAAAAUGUAUUCUUUGCUUCAGGCAAUAUGCUCAAAUGUUACUAGCCAUUACACGUGCAGGCUGCGGCUUUAUAGAAUGAGACAAACAAAUGCUACAAAUUGACCUUAAAAUAUUACUCUGACUAUUGUUGAGUCUGCAACAAAAUAAAAAAACUUGUACUCAUU